UCUUGAGAACACAGAUUGAACGUUCCAGAUAAUCCCUUUCCCAGCCCUGCCUGACAUCUGGCUGGGUUGGGGGGGGGGGAGUACUUUUUACCUGAACUUCUUGGGACCUGGCUAGGGUUUAGGAGAGAACUCUACCCACCUGUCUGAGGAUGAAGCUGGCCACUGGCUUUGCGAUUUUGUGGCUCAGCCUGGGCAGUGGCCUGGCUCAGAGUAACACCAGCCCUGAGGAAGAGGAGUCCUAUUCAGACUGGGGCCUUCGGCACAUCCGGGGAGGCUUUGAGUCCAUCAAUAGCUACUUUGACUCAUUUCAGGAGCUUCUGGGAGGAAAGAAUGGAGUCUGCCAGUACAGGUGCCGAUACGGCAAGGCACCAAUGCCCAGACCCGGCUACAAGCCUCAGGAGCCCAAUGGCUGCAGCUCCUAUUUCCUGGGUCUCAAGGUACCAGAAAGUAUGGACUUGGGCAUCCCAGCAAUGACCAAGUGCUGCAACCAGCUGGAUGUCUGUUAUGAUAUUUGUGGUGCCAAUAAGUAUCGCUGUGAUGCAAAAUUCCGCUGGUGUCUCCACUCAAUCUGCUCUGACCUUAAGCGGAGUCUGGGCUUCGUCUCCAACGUGGAAGCCUGUGAUUCUCUGGCUGACACUGUGUUCAAUACUGUAUGGACCUUGGGCUGCCGACCCUUCAUGAAUAGUCAGCGAGCAGCUUGCAUCUGUGCAGAGGAGGAGAAAGAAGAAUUAUGAGGAAAAGGUGACAGCCCAGCCAUCAGCUCAGAGAUGGCAGUGUGACAGGUGUCUCAUCCUUUCUUCCAGAAGUUGGGAUCCCACAAAGCAGGAGAAAGGAAACAUUGUUCUACCACUGAAAAGUGAGUCCUAUCCUUUGAGGAAAAUUGAAAAAAAGGCAUGGAGUGAUUUGAAGGCUAUCUUCACUUUAACACUGAUCUCCCCAACCAAGACACAUUUACCUGGAAAUUCAUCUUAGCUUAAAGACUAAAAUACAAGCAAAUUCUGUAAUUCCUGGAACUGAUAAUUAUAUUCACAAGUGAAAUUUGGAGGAAUCCAGCCAUUUAAGAGGCAUUGACUUUCCUGUGGCUUGUGUUUCAGUUGCUGGUAAGCAUCUCACAUUUAAUAAAGUGUACUUUUUAGAAAAUUUGAAACCAGGUGAAUGAAUUCCAUGAUUGCCCUAUGCUUCCAUUAUCACUCAGAAGAGACCAGAGCCCAGCCUGGUUAAGGUCCUCUAAUGACAACAAUUACUCCCACUGAAGAGAGAAAAACAGGUGGACAAGGUCAGAGGCCAAUGGAGGCAAAGGUCAGAUGGAGGUAGUUCUCUGAGAUUUCAUUUUUUCCUCCAAUGUCCAACCCUAUUAGUAUUCCCUGUUACUAAGUCGUGUUAGAGUCAUGCUAAGAUUUGAAACACACGAGAAUCGCCUAAGCCCAGGAGUUGGAGGUUGCUGUGAGCUGUGAUGCUACAGCACUCUACCAAGGGCGACAGAGUGAGCCUUUGUCUCUAGAAAAAAAAAAAAAAAAAGAGUUGAAACACACUUAGUGAGGGUUACCAGUGGGGAAAGUGGAUUGCAGGGAGACAGUCAUUCCUUAACUUGCUGCUCUCAGCCCUGACUAUAGAUUAGAAUCACUUGAGGGCCUUUCAAAACAAACCAAUAAAGAAUUUUGGGAAGGUGGGGUGAUGCUACAACUGGCAUUUUGUAAAUUCAUUUCAGGUGAUUCUGAUGCAUAGUGAGGCCUGAGAGCCACUGAUCCUGAUUGGGAAUUGGCCAACUACGUCUUGUGGGGCCAAACCCAGCCCAGAGCCUAUUUUUGUACAGUUUUACUGGGACGCAGCCCCGCUCACAGUUGUUUACAUAUCAUCUCUGGUUCCUCUAAAACGGCAGAGCUGAGUAGUUGUGACAAAGACCGUAUGGCCCAGAGAGCCUACAAUAUUUACCACUUGGUCUUUUACAGAAAAAUUUGCUGACCUCUGAUCUAAAUAAUUUUCUCCUUUCCCUUUCUUUUGUUAAUUUUACU